UUUUCACCAAUGACAAUUGCAGCACGUUAAGUGCGGUAAUUUAUAUGCGCCGAAGCUUUAGAAGCGUCAGUUGUCUACAGCUUACUUCUUGCAGAGCAAUUAGUAAGCCUUCGUUUAUGAUCGUAAAAUGAAGAAUUGCUUUUGGAUUCUUGGCUGGUCUCUUUCCAUCCUGGCUGUAACUGGAAAUGGAUUUAUUAUCUUCCUUGUUUGCGGAAAACGGAAGCUUCGCACCAAAACUAACGCGUUCAUCGUUUCACUCGCCGUGGCGGACUUCUGUCUUGGGAUGAGUGCUGUUCCUUCGCUGUUUGUGUGUGAGAUGGAAAAUGGCUGUAAAUUUUCAUCUAUUUCGCGUGCAAUUGUUUGGGGAGCGAGGAACCUGUUCGCAUAUGCGUCCGUGACCAACCUUUGCUGUUUAGUCCUGGAUCGCUACAUUGCUGUGGUAAAUCCUUUAAAAUACAUGACUUUUAUGAAGCGUCGCAGAGUCAUUCAGAUGGUUUCCUUAUCCUGGGCAGUUUCAUUCGCCUUUGUUACUGUUGUAACAAUAUACAAGCUUCUUCCCGAAGAUCAUUUAAUUCUGUUCCACUUUUCGCUUUGUUUAGUUAUGAUAACUGAGUUUUUUCCAAGUGUUAUGUUAAUAUUUUGCUUCGUAUCCAUGUUAAAAGUCGUGUUUAAACAUAUUCGAGCCGCUCGUUCUUUAGCGAAACAGUUACGCUUCAACCAUCGGGUUUUCUUCAAAACUCAGGAAAAGUCUGCCAUCAUAAUGAUGGGGAUUGUGAUAAGUUUGUUUCUGUUGUGUUACGGGAUACAUUUCCGAUGUAGCGUUAUUUUCCUUGUUAAGGGUAAAACAUCAUGCAAUGAUACUGAAUAUAAAAUUCCUGUUUUAGUGUUAAACUCCGCCAUCAAUCCUAUGGCAUACUCUUUCUUCAAGAGAGACAUUAACAAAGAGCUUAAGAGACGGCUUUGCUGUGAUAUUUUUUAACAGGGGCAUCGUAAGAUGUUAGUUUAAGUGACUGAGUAAGGAACUUUUAUUCUAGAGCAACUCUUUUAUUAUCAGCGUAAAUGGCUGAGGAACAGCGAAGAGCAAAUUUAUUAUGAGCUCUCUCUGACUUAACUAAUGAAGCGAGUUGGCUUGCUAUCUCUUGAAGAGACUGAGAAGUAAAAAAAAGAAAAAGAAAAAAGAGCAUUGUUUCGAGAGGGUUCUUGAUGAAACCGCGACAGCGACGGAAAUGGGGACGUGGUGAAACAAACGAUUUCAAGAGGAAACUUUGCUCUUCACGUGCAUCUUCA